AAUAAAGAUUUUUAAUUAUUUUGGUUGUUGAGAAACUUAAAAAUCAGGCAAUCGAAUAAUCGAGCAUCCUCGUCGCUUACUCCGAUAGCCAACAACCUCUGAAGUCUUUGUCGUCCUCCUCGGCAUCUGUGUGAACCCAACCAUGGAGCUAACAGCACAGCAGCUGAUCCAAUACAACGGCACCGACCCAUCAAAGCCGAUAUACGUGGCACUGAAAGGUCGCGUCUUUGACGUGACGGACGGCAAGUCGUUUUACGGGCCUGGAGGGCCGUACGCGAUGUUCGCGGGCAAGGAUGCCAGCAGAGCUCUGGCGAAGAUGACCAAGAACGAAGAAGACAUCACUGCCUCCCUCGACGGCCUCUCAGAGAAGGAGAUCGGCGUCCUCACCGACUGGGAGAAGAAGUUCGAAGCUAAGUACCCAGUUGUUGGCCGUGUUGUUUCUUGAAAGUUCUCUAUUUUCAAUUAGAAUUCUUGAAAAGUCUCAACCUUUUAUCGUCUUUAUGACUUAAAUGUAUUGCUUCUGGGUAUCUGUGACUUUGUAUCCAUGUAUCUGAUCUUGGAUGUUGUGUAUGUUUAUCCAUGGAUGAAUAAAUGACUAUGGUUGUGUGAAUUUGGUUUUGUUGAUUUGGC